AUGUCGGCCGCUGACAACCGCGACCGCUCGGGCUCGCUCCACUCGGAUGAGAAGGAUGUUGGCUACCCCAUCCAGCACCAGACUCUGUCCAAGGACACCACCCAGGACCCCGAGUCCAACCAGAUCUCUGAAGACAUCGACGCUGGCUUCGACACUGCCGAGGUCAAGCGUGUGCGCCGAAAGGUCGACAGGCGUCUGUUGCCCAUCCUCGGUGCCCUCUACUCGAUUGCCCUGAUCGACCGAACCAACCUGUCGGCCGCUCGUAUCGCUGGUGCCGGUGUCGAGCUCAGGCUUACCGCUGGUACCAACUACUCGAUCCCCCUGCUCAUGUUCUUCGUUCCCUACAUCCUGCUCGAGAUGCCCUCCAACUUGCUUCUCCGAAAGAUCGGUGCCGCCAAGCAGCUCUCGUUCAUCGCCUUCUGCUGGGGUAUCGUCAUGAUCGGCCAGGGUUUCGUCAAGUCAUGGCAGCAGCUCACUGUCACCCGUGCUCUCGUGGGUGCCUUCGAGGCUGGUUUCUUCCCCGCCUGUGUGUGGCUCAUUUCCACCUGGUACGUCCGCCGCGAGUCGCAGGUGCGCAUGUCGGCCUUCUACCUGAUCUCGGUCGGUAUCUCUGGUUUCUCCAACAUCAUCGCCUACGCCAUGUCCUUGAUCCGAGUCUCCGACCGCACCUUCCGAGGAUGGCGUUGGAUCUUUAUUCUUGAGGGUCUCGCAACCGUUGUCCUCGCCGUCAUUGCCUACUUCGUCAUCCUCGACUUCCCUGACAAGGCUGCCGAGAAGGGCUUCCUCACCAUUGCCGAGCGCGACAUGAUCCUCACCCGUAUCCAGCGCGACCGUGGUGAUGCGAAGCCCGAUGCACUCACCUGGGCCAAGGCCGGCAAGUACGCCACCGACAUCAAGGUUUGGCUGUACGGUCUCAUGUUCAUGUGCACCACCAUGCCUACCUACGCCUUUGCCUACUUCCUGCCCGUCAUCCUGCGCGGUCUCGGCUACUCGAUCCGCGACUCGUUCCUGCUCGGUGCUGCUCCUUACGUCGUGGCCAUGGUUGGUGCCUUCGGCUCCGCCGUGAUUGCCGACCGAUACGUCAUCCGAAUGCCGCUGCUGAUCGUCCAGUGCCUGCUGACCAUCGCCGGUCUGGGCAUGCUCUUCGUGCGCACCAACCGCCAGGUGCAGCUCGCUGGUGCCUUCCUUGGUGUCUGGGGUGCCAACGCCAACAUUCCCUUCGUGCUCAACUUCUCGCAGAACAACGUCGCCGGCCAGUCCAAGAAGUCGUUCACCUCGGUCAUCGUCAUCAUGUUUGGUGGUAUCGGCGGUAUCUUUGCCUCGCUCGCCUUCAACGAGAAGGAUGCUCCCCUCUACCGCAAGGGUCUGUACGCCACGCUUGCUUGCCAGGCCUUCAACGUGCUCUGCGGUGUUGGCUUCACCCUCUACUUCCUCUCGGCCAACAAGAAGAUCCGCGCUGGCCGCAAGGUGGUCGACGACCGCCCCGGCUUCACCUACGUCAUCUAA